GUCCCAUCCAUUCUAUGGUUGGCACGCGAGCGGGCUCGCUCGGGAGCAGAUAUCGCGUUGUGUAGGCGGUAUCGCAACAGCUGCCCGUUUUCGAAUUCUUCGCGCGCUUUUCGCACACGUUCGAAUUUCUUAAAUUCUAUUUUUUAAAUAUGGGUGAGCAGACGUUCAACAUCCCGGAUGAUAAUUUAGAACAGCAUAUUAUUACUUUGUUUGAAAAGUUGGAGUGUUUACGAAAUUCGGCUAAAGAAAAUGAUACGGGACUGGGUGGUAGAGUCCCAGCGCGACUGGAAGUGCGGACUUUGUCAUUGUGGAAGGCAGUGGUCGCGGAAUGUGCGGCCUCAUUCCUGUACGUGUUCAUAGUGUGCGGCGCGGCAGGUGGAGCCGGCGUCGGCGCAUCUGCCUCAGCUGUGCUGCUCUCCACUGCGCUCGCUUCCGGCUGUGCGAUUGCUACCCUCACUCUCUGUUUCGCUAACAUUUCUGGUGCCCACAUCAACCCGGCAGUGUCAGCGGCGCUAUGCGUGCGCAGACGGGUGUCACUGCUGCGGACUGCACUUUACAUAGCUGCGCAGUGCGGUGGAGCCAUCGCAGGCGCUGCUGCAAUCUAUGGGGUCAGCGUGCCUGGUUAUGCUGGGAGCCUCUCAGCUUCCCUCCCUGGGGGCGGAGGAGCCGCCUGGGAACGGCUCGGGGCGGAACUUGUGCUGUCUGGUCUUGUAGCUGCAACGUACUUUGCGGCGAUGGAACGCAAAUGGACUGGAGCUGCUCCAGCUUUACUGGGAGCUGCAUAUUGCGCGGCUAGUUUUGUUUCUAUGCCAUCACUAAACCCAGCGCGUUCUUUAGGCCCAUCAUUCGUACUAUCACGUUGGGAAAGCCACUGGGUGUGCUGGGUGGGCGGCAUCGGCGGCGGCAUCGCCUGCGCCCUUCUCCAUGAAUGGGCGUCGCGUCGACCACGACCAAACUCUAACUCGCGAGCGUCAUCACCAAGAGAUCUUGACGACCUGGACAAACCCGCCUUCCCGUCCCACCAUCACUACCGCCACGCGCCUACAUACUGCUCGGCAUCAGCGCCACGACCAGAUAACGCCGAACCGCUGUACUCUGGAACAAAGUCCCUGUACUGCCGGUCACCGCCACCAACGAGGCACACGCUGCACAGGUCAGCUGGAUCGACCUCUCACAUAUCGCAAUCAGUAUACAGUAAGGCAAGUACAACCCCUGGUGGAGGGUCUCUAGUUGCAGCCCAGUCUCUGUUACUACGACCCCCUACGCAUCCUCAGCAUGCGCUUACGCAUAAUCAGAACGCUCAUAACGCGCAACGCGACCCUGCUUAUGGUAUUACGCCUAAUGGUGUCCGGCCUGGACCUGCUGGAGCAGCAGUCCAAGAGCGAAGAGACUCGGUCUACAGCAGCAGCACUCGCCGCGGUCCACUAUCCUCUGACGAUAGCGCCUACGGUACAUACUCCCGCGCAGCCUACCGUGCGCCCUCUCAUCCGCACCCUGCGCCGGAGCAUUACUAGCGACGCGCCUCGCAGCACAAUAUUGCGCUGCUGUUUGAUGUAUGAACACUCACACACAUGUGGUCGACAUCCUUGUGUUGUGUACCUAAAACUUUAGUAGUGUUACCCUGAAGACCCAAGAUAUUUAACGGUGUAUGACGGAUGGAUCAAGAUUUUAAAAAAUUAGACGUCUCACUGCUUUUUAUCGCUUUCAUAUUUAGGAUGUACGAAAUGUAUUGUGAAUAAGACACCCCACCUUUAUAUAAGCGUCAAAAUAUUGGUAUACAAUUUGUCGGCUUUGCGCGCCAGGUACACUUCAUUUUUUUAUUAUACCAUUUUCCCGAUGAAUAUAGGUUAUACGAGUAGGUCAUCUAGAUAUAUCGAGAUAGGCCACUACUCUAGAAAGCUGUCAAUUUGUGAAAGGUGUUGAUUCAACCCGGUGGAACUUGGGGUAUAGUCAGUUAACUAUAACUGAAUACGGGUGUUCCAAAAACGGUCAAAUACAAAAUUUUUUUUAUCUACAUUAAGAAGCGGAGAAAGCCGAGUUUCAGCAAUUUUUUUUUUUUUGCAAU